UUAUUUUUUCCUUUGUAUUAUAAAAACAGUAAUGCCACCUUCGCCAUCAUCUCCAAUCUCUCUUCCCAAUCAUUACUGACCGUUGGAUUAACAUUAUAUUUCACCAAUGAACAUCGUACCCGUCGCCGGAAAGUCUCCACGGCGGGAGCUCCAAGGCCCCCGUCCUACGCCUCUCAAAGUCCGCAAAGACUCCCAAAAGAUACGGAAGCCGCCGGUGGCGGCGCCGCCUCAGCAACCGCCGGCGACGGCCCCGCCUCGCCCUCCGUUGAUCAUCUACACCGUGUCACCCAAGGUUAUCCAUGCAAACCCUAAUGAGUUCAUGACGUUGGUCCAGCGGCUCACCGGCCCGGACUCCUCUUCCAUGGCCGUGCAGCCAUCGACGUUUGACGCCUUCCACGGCGGUUUUGACGACGGCGCCGUGUCUCCGGCGGCCCGGUUCGCUUCGGUAGAAAAAACCCGGUCCACGCAGGUGAGAAAACCGGACUUGGGAAUGGUUCAAGGGAUAGAGCUAAGCUCUGAUACCGAAAGAAGCGGGGUUUUGUCACCUAAUCCGGCUUCUCUCCCGCCGAUACCGGCGAGUAUAUUUUCGUCGCCGUCCGGUCAAAACCCGGUAGGCUAUUUCCCAGAUUUAAGCCCGGUUUUCCAUAGUAAUAAAAUCUACGACGGCUUAGAAACAAGUUUCAUGUUACCUAGUCCUUCAGCAACUUUCAUUUCUCCAAGAAUUAUUAUUUCUCCAGGUACACCCUCUCUUGACCUUUUCAACAAUCUCUUUGACCUUUAACACCAUAGCAAUGGUGAGGAUAAUGGAUGAAGAAGAUCGAAGAGUAUUCAAAGGGAAUUUCAGGGAUUUUGUUCUUGAAGCUAAGAAGCCGUACUGGAGCAAGAGCCUCCCUUUUUCCAUUCUUAAUUGAAAAGAUAAUGUUAGGACAAUGAAAUAUUUCUUUCUAUGUUUUGUUGUAAUUUCAUCCUAGUUUUAGAUGCCAUCAUUUUUGUUUUUUGUUUUUGUUUUUGUCAUAUAAUUCUUGAUUGUAGUUUGCAGCAUAUAUAACAAUGCUAAUUGAUUUAAUUAAUUUCUUCCAA